UUUCAAUUCCAGCUUUGGUUAGUUCAUCUAUGGUUGCUAUAAACAGGUAUUCGUUCGAUAGUGGUUUUUGGAAUAUGGAUGUGUAAAAAAACAAAUAAAAUAAGAAAAAAUUAUCUGGAUAGGAAGAUACGUACUGAGUGAGGGUCGUACUUCUCUUUACAUUUCCGUUCAGCUCACAAGAAGAGACUACAGCGGAGUUCCGUUAUUUUGGUAGACGUCAAGUUGGGUUCAUGAAAUUCUGCAUUAAUUUGACAGAAUUAUGGAUUUUCCGAACUUCAAGAAUGAACUUACUUUUCGGUUGAUAUCUACAUUCAUGGCCAUCCUGGGUUCGAAUCUUCGUACUUUCCAUCCCUGAAGGACGAUGGUCGGAGCCGUCAGUCGCUGUCACAAGAAUUCUGAGGCCUGAGUUCCCGUCACAACCAUGACAACCAUACAUCCAAGGUUCCAUGUGGUCUACGUCGGUGAGAUCGUUUCAAAUUAAUUAUAAAGACUUUUCAGGAUCAGAGGAGGAUGCUGGACUGUCGUCAUCUAAUUCUACAACUAGAACAGUAGUAUUCGUAGUUUUCAGCUGGUCGAAAACGUCCUUGUCUCUGGUUACCGCUAUCCAGAUGUCCAGUGCUGCAGAGUUCGCAGUGUCUCCGAACAACUGAACUAGACGUAAGGUUACGUGAAUCGAGACAUUACUACUAUGAAAUACCUUUACUUAGAUUUUGGCUCUCUAGGAAUAUAUGUCCGCAUACAGAUAACUAUCACUGAUAUAGUAUAUAUGAGACUAUUUGAUUACCUAAAUAGAUGUCAUUUAUGUUCACUUGUUCUGUUAAGUCAAGGUAAUAAUAAAAAAACUAAUAUUUUGGAAGGUAUAACUAGUUACGUCAAAAUCCCUAACCUUUGGCAUUACUUUUAAAAUAUAUAUAUAACUAGGCGCCCAAUUGCAAUAAUUAAAUAUACCACGUUCUACAGAGAUAAUAAAGUUUCGCCACAACGUGGGGCCACGAAACAGGAUAACUAGCAGGCAAGGAUAGGUAAAGAUAAUGUCUAUGGAUGAAACCACUUAUUUCUUGAGGCGUAAACAUAACGGUGAAAACUGUAGAGAAGAGCCCACCCAUCAGGAAACUAUCAAGACAAACGACAUGGCAGACAAGAACACUAUCGCAAACAUGGAGGUUAGUGAAGGGAUUGUCAUAGAACCACAGGUGAAAGAGUUGAAACUGACACGGAACAUGUAAAUAUUUCUAGGCCCACAGCUAAUACACAGAGUAAUGUUACUAGCACACUUAAUGCAGACGACUGGACACGAAUCGCACAACUAUUAACUACACAGUUGGAGGAGAUGUCACGUAGACAGUCGGAAGAGUCACGUACACAGUUGGAGGAGAUGUCGCGUAGACAGUCGGAAGAGUCGCGUAGACAGUCGGAAGAGUCGCGUAGACAGUUGGAAGAGUCGCGUAGACAGUUGGAAGAGUUAACGCGUAAGCUAGCUGAUAAAAUUGAUAAAGUAAAUGAUAGAAUGACAGAAGUCGUGCAACAUUUCGCUUCGCAAAUACACGAAACCCGUAAUGAAGUACGGACUUUUAACGAGUCGGUAAAGGUUAAAUUCACAACGGUAGAUGAACAGAUAUCCGACAUAAAUCAACGCCUAGUCAACACCGAGGCAACGUGUCAAGAAACUGCAAAACGUACAACAGAGGAACAGAUUUCGCAGUAUGUUCGGACUACGGAAAAUCAGUUUGCAGAGGUUCGUACGGAACUAAAUCAACACAAAACAGAUACAUCAGACGAAAUUCAAAUAGUAACUCACCGAAUCGCGCAAUUAGAGAGUCGAGUUCAAGGAAGUUCACUACAACGCGCAGACCUACCAACUGCGAGUUCAGACACUACAAUUCCAUUAGAAACACGUGCUACAUUGUCAUCUAUACCUGUGCACAGUAAUAUCACGGGCAAUGAAACGCGAGGGAAAACAGUGCAUACAGUUGACGGACAACCUAUUGUGAUGAUUGAUCCUACAUCAGUUUUGAACCAUCCUUCACGUCAUUGGGUGGAGGAUAAGCCCACAUUCUCGGCUAAAUCUCACGAAAAUCCACGAAAAUUUUUGAAAACGUUCGAAGAGUAUUCAUCCCAUUUUAACCUUACCGAAAGUGAAAAAUUAAAAUGUUUAAGUAGCAGUUUGAAGAGCACAGCUUACUAUUGGUGGGAAGUGCAUCAUCAUGUCAUAUCAUCUUACGAACAGUUUAAGAAAUUAUUUCUAAAUCAAUAUUGGAGUUUGAAACUACAGGGAAAUCUACGUGCGAUGUUACACGGGGAAAAAUUUGAUCCAAAGAGAAAUAGUUCGUUAGAGGGACACUUGAGUGAUAUGUUCGAACGAACGAGAUAUUUAGAUGUAGAGAUGGACGACGGGGAAUUUGUAGCAAUGGUUUUAGGACAAUUACCAAUGAGAUACCAGCUUCAUUUGUCCGGACAAAAUUUCGAGAAUAUUUCGGAUUUUAGAGAACAAUUGUUAGCUUACGAACGUUUAGAUCGUCAGAAUCGAACGAACAACAUCGAUCGCGAGGAGAACCAACGACCUAUAUAUACCAAACCUAACCCUGUAUACCAGCCUUGGAAUCAGCGUCGCAAUGACGUGCGCAUUGCGAAAGAAGAAAUCGACGGCCGUCGUAAUCCAGGAAGUAACGGGAAGUGA